AUUUUUUGUUGAUUAAAUCAAUAGAUUUGGAAAAUGCAUUUCAAAGAAAAAUGAACGUUUUUAGUCGGUAUCCGCAAGUUGCAUUGUGGGACAGUUUCAAAAUGGCUUCCUGUAGAAAGCAGUUCAUUCCCAGUGAGAUCAUUUAGACGAGAAUGGAUCCAGAGUUGUACAGAAACACCCUGGCAAGCAGGUAUGCAAACCAGGACAUCACAUCUCUAUUGUCAGAGCAGGCCUCUCUUACACCAGGGAUUGGCUUGGCAACAACUUUUCCAGGAGCAGGGCAGAUAUCUGCAAGGUCAUUUGGACCAUUGCCAGGUUACACAGGUCAUGCCUUACACACAGAUUCUCAUCUGCAGAAUAUUGCCGCUCAAGGUGCCUAUAAGACAUUGCCAGGCCAACCAACAUAUACAGACCCAUAUGCAGCGCUCAGAUUGACGUCACAGCCAUGCAGCAUUCCAUCAUCAAAACCAAUGUUCAGUCAAGAGGCUGUUAGUCAAAUGGGUAUAUUGGAUGCAGGUCAAAAAUGGGGCCUCUCAAACUUUGUUUCUCAGAAUCCAAACAUGUUAGCCCACGCGGCUGAUCUAUCCAGUGCAGAGUUUCAGUCGUCAUUAGCAUUGUCAAGCCAGGCAUUGCUAAAUCCACCCCCAGCGCACAGCUCAAAGACGAGUCAGAUCAGUCAAAGGUUGCCUUAUUCUGGGGCCGAAUUAGUUACCAGGACGACAAAGUCACCAACCUGUCAGUCGGUUUAUGAUCAUCGCACCCAGCCCACAACACCAGUCUCGUCCCAGGCGCCAAUGUUUUCUUACAGUCAGUCGCAGCCUUUUCAUUCUAAGCAAGAUGUACUGAUGGACACAAUGAACUACGAGGCAGUAAGCCCAGCAACUACACCUGGUCCUGAUCCAUCAAACAAUCAUCAGCAGCAAAAUGAGUCGUAUCUGUCCCUCCAGGACCUUGCCUCAAUCAGCUCAACCCAGCAGAAGUUAGAUGUACACAAUCCACAACAGAUCAUACAGAAGCAGCCAACUCCCAUUGUACCAGACAGGCAGAACAAAAUGCAACAUUUAAAACACCAGAAAUCAUUGAGCCAGCAGGAAUUAUAUAAUGGUUCGUCUCAUAUGCGUCAGAGCCCACAGCAAUCAAACAUUGGUAGUCCACAGGUUCAGAUGGGCAGUCCGCAGGCUCCGAUGCCAAGUUCAACAAUUGUGCAUGCUCCCCCACCGGUCCAAGCGCCAGCUGAUUCGACUACAAAACCAAAGAAAUCUCGAUCUCGUAAGAAAAAGGAUACUACAGGUGAUAUGAAAAAUGAAAAUAUGGGUCAGAAUUACACUGCUCAAACAGUUUUGAAUACACCUGAUAUGUCUCAGAGACUCGGUAACAACGAGUAUAUGCCGAAUCAUAGCGGCUAUAUGCCGAAUCGAGGUCAGCAGGUGUUUAGUACAGCUAGUGAUUCUAUUCAUAAUUCAUCAAUGUUAACAUCGCCCAUUAGUCAGCCGUUAGUUCGAGGUCAAACAAAUCAACAGGCUUUAUAUGCAAAAAAUGUGCCUUCACCUAAUAUGGGUAUUUCCCAGACGCACAAUCAGGUGAGACCUGCUCCGCAGCAGUCUCCAAUGAUAAACCAAUUUCAGCCGUCACCAAGUAACGCACAGUCAGGUAUGACUUUUUCAGUUUCAGAUGCCCUUGAAAUGAGCAGAGAGGCUGUUUUUGCUAACCAGGGAUUAAUGGACGGGUACAGUGGCAUGCCUGACCAUCAACAACAGCAGCAGUACACGAUGCAAGAAUCGUUCUCAAGUCAGUUAGGCAUGGAGGCCAUGAGGAGGCCGGACAUGUAUAAUAAUGGUGCUGAGGAAGGCGUAUUUGUUAGUCAGUACGGCGGUCAGUUUGUCAGUCCAAAUAGUGUGCUUAACAUGGAUGUGGCUCAGGUUAAUUUAAACCAGCCAACUACUAUCGAUGAAGCAGCAUUUUCUAGUUUAAUGGGUGAUCCAUAUGGGCGCGAUAUAUCUCCGGAUAAAAGGCCUUCUAGUGAUAAAAACUCACCAUAUUAUUCGCUCACUGUUAAAGUGGAAGCUUCUCAGGAUGAUGAUCUAUCUCACUUGGCUAAGCCAGUAAUAGAGAAAACAGACUCUAAAACAACAAACCCUUUAACGAGCCCCUUCCAGUCAUAUCAGGUGUCUCAACCCUCGCAACAGGUUCUCCCGCCUCCAGUAGCGCCAAAACCAGUUGUGAAAAAUGCAAGUGGCGGGACCUCGUUCAUGGACUCGUUCUUAAGUUUUAUACAGGGAAAAAAGCCCGAAACAUUAUCAAGCAUGAGUAGUGCCAUAAUCCAUAAUAAACCUCAAUUGCCAAAGUAUAUUCCUGAGCCACCUCGGCCCAAAAGAAUUGAACCCCCUCAAGAAAAAAGUUCCGGUGCUGACCGGAUUAAUUCAAUGAAGCAAUGUGAUAAAACACAGAAAUCAGGUGCAGUUUCGUUUUCUGACAGUGACAAUGACACUGAUGAAGCUGACACCAAUGCUGUAAAAAAUGCUAUCUCUACUUUAAAUAAUGAGAACGAUAAUGUGCAGAUAAGAACUAAUAAAUUGGGUGGAUUGACAAUGAAAAUUAAUUUAAAUAAAGUGAAAAGGGCCGAGGAAAAUGCACGGAAAGCUGCUAAACAGAAAAAACCUAGGUCUCGUAAGAAAAGUAGCAUGGAAAAGAAAUUUGGCCUCAAGGAAGAGUGUAAAACUGCAUAUUCUUCUGGUGAAGAACCAGAAGAUCUUCCUGCUCGGCAAUUGGCGUCGCGGAAAGCCAAAGAAAAUAUAGGGCAAGGUGCAUUUACAGGAAAAUAUGCCGAAGACGAGGAUUCCGACUCGGACACACUGAAACCUAUCCGAAAACUUGGCGAAGAAAGUGAUGACGAGAAGUACGACUCGGAUAAAGAUCCGGCGUGGACACCCUUCAAUGUUGAUAAAAAUGUACCGACGGUGACUCCUGCUGACUUAGAAGGGAAGAGAAAACGGGUCAAGGCUAGAACGAAAAGUAAACAACCAAAGAUACGGAAAAUGAGUGCUGAAGAUUCAUCAUCACAACCGGCUAAAGUUGGUGAACCGCAGGUUGUUGAGCUGGACAGUGAUAGUGAUGAGGAUCAACCUGGGCCCACGCAACAGGUGCCGGGAGAUUUACAGGUGGGUGAUUUUGUGAUAGAGAAGAAUGAUGAAAAGAACACAGAGUGUUAUUCUAUCUGGAAGAUAGAGCCUGGACGUAUGCUUCACAAGUUUGAAUUGUUCACAGAAAAUUCAAAGAUUCUACAUAGGUCUAUACCAACAUUUUCCAGCUGGCUACCAAAUAUGCGGAACACAUUUAAAAGAAUACGGGUACGGCAAGUGUUCAAACAAGGCGACAAGGAACAUGUGGAAGUUCUGGAAGAGUACAAACCAAAACCUGCGUUAGAUAGCAAGUUGGAGCAGAAGUAUGAGGAACAUCCAUUGGUGGACGCAUUUAAUGUUUAUCUACAAAUAUUUCUUAGUCAAGCUUUGGAGCCGGGAUUUCUUAGUGCAAUCAGGGAGGCAGAUGAACGUUUCUAUCUAGAUGCUUUGGAAAGAAUUGACAAGGCAGUUGGUCUCAGGUUAACAGAAAUAGAUAGAACUGUCCGAUGGAAAGACAAGUUUAAGGAAUCUGUAAAGCUUAGGCCUCACAUUAGAGAAAUUGACAGACCGAAUUUAAAACAGUCUUGUCAGGCUUGUGAGUUUGCCAGUCAGCCAGCCAUUAAGUCGGUUCAUCUGUUUGGAAAUCCGUAUGAUAGAUUUAGUCUGCAAGAAUUGCCGCCGGAUGGACCGCAUACACCAAUGGAAUUCAUGAUAGGGAAGACUGCAGCUAAAUUUGUGAAACCAUAUCAUAACCUGUACCACUUUAAAUAUAAUCUGUUCAAACGAUGCCUAGCAAAGGUGAACAUUUUACAAGACAGCAAGGCCGGGGAUAACGCAGCUAUUUUGGACCAGUGCUUACAAAACAGAACAUGGGUAUUACAAAUAUUUGAAGAUUUAAAAAAGAUGCUUGAGAAAGGAUGAGCCGUGACACACCUUAUAAAUGGGGAAAAUCAAAAUGCUCAAAAAACUGUGACGUAAAAUCUGCAAACAGUUCACAAUCGACUGACCUAGUUCCCAUAACCUUCACCAUCCGAGUCGCAAAAUAUUUGGGGCGUUUAAAUUGUGCGGGAAUUUAUUAAAUGUGUCGUAGAUUUUUUAUUGUUGCUCGGAAGUAAUCUGUAUUAGUGUAUGUUUGUAUACACCCCACCCCCCACCCACCCUUUCCCUCAUCUUUCUGUUUUGCCAUAUUUUUUGUUGAAAAGAGAUCUGUUAAUUAUAUAUUUAACUAUAUAUAUAUAUAUUUAUAUAGACAGCAUUUAGUUACCUAGUAAGUAGAGAGAGUGAUGGAUCAGUUAUUUAACAAUGCUUUUUGUUUAUUAUUAUCAUAGCUUUAACUUUUAGAGGUGAUUUCUUUUAGAUUCCUGGGAAAAUAAUUACAAUAGUAGUGCUUACUUCUAGUUUAAGAAAGGUUGGUUGUUUUACACAGGUGCCAGUUUGCUCUUGAAAUAAUGCCCCAAGCAUUAACACAUAUGGGAGGAGACUCUGACCAAAGAUAAAAAUAUAAUGGCAUUUAUCUACCCCCAUCCCUAACUCACAUACUCAAACCCCCAUGUUUGAUAUUUAGAAUACUCUCUCGCAAAUGUUAAUCAGUAUGAAAUUUGUUGACUUUUAUGCUGUCCUUUUCUAAUGAAACUUAUUUUUCUAAUUCAACCAUUCAAUAGUUUAGUAAGAUAUAUAAUACAGUUAUUGCCCAAUUACUGUAGGGACAGAAAAUUCAUGUACAGACAUAAAAUCAUGUAUGGACAUAAAAUCAUGUACAGAUAGAAAAUCAUGUACAGAUAGAAAAUCAUGUACUGACAGAAAAUCAUGUACAGGCAGAAAAUAUGUACAGACAGAAAAUCAUGUACUGACAGAAAUCAUGUACAGACAGAAAAUCAUGUACAGAUAGAAAAUCAUGUACAGGCAGAAAAUCAUGUACAGACAGAAAAUCAUGGAAAAAUGUGUUUAUAGAGAAAUAAUCUCUAAAAAAAAUUGUGAAAUUUUUGCAGAUCAUCUUACCCAUAUUAAAUGUCUUACAUAAGUGUUUUCCUGGUCAAAACCAAAGUUUCAAAUCCUGUCAAUUAGGGCGUUUCUGGCUUAAUGGUUUUGGUAACUGACAAAGUAGAACUUGCCCCUCAUUGCUGUUGGGUUUUGAAUCUGGCCAGAAGAAUAAAAUUCUUUACAAAUCAUAUGAGGAAGCUAUCCUGGUAGUGGUUAGUGGUUCUACUCGGGGUUUACUAUCUGGUGCCUUGAAUAAUGCACGGAAAACACUGUCGGUCUUCGCACUUUAGUAAAUCUGGAAAAUAUCAUGACAUUAAGACCUUUAACACUGUCGAAAUGUGACCUUUUACACUGUCAGAGUGAUGUAAAAUCCCAACCAUUUAUUCUUUAUUUCAGAAGUUUAAAAAAAAAAGCAUUUAUUACUAUAGGUGAAAGAAGAGUUAUUUUUGUAUCCUUAGUUCAUAUAUUAGUUUGCAUUUAAUUUGUGCCUUGCUUCAUAUACCAUGAAUUCAGUUGAUUUCGUGGGCAUGAAUUUUCGUGGUUUUGUCUACAAAGACAUGUUCGUGGCUUCUUAAAUUCGUGGAUUGUCAAUUUUUUCAAACAUAUGCAAAUAAUGUGAUGUUUAUUCAUCGGACGAAAUGAAAUUUAUUGGAUCUAAAAUUAGUGAAUUGACCUACGCACAAAAACCACUAAAAUUAGUGCCUGACAAAUAAUAAUGAUUAAGCAGUACAUUUCAUAAUAUACAGACUACUGGGUUAACUUGACUUCUGCUAUGUGAUGUCAGCUUUGAAAGAAGUUAAGCAAAACGUACAUGACACUAUGUCUUUUUUUUCUGCCUCUUACAAAUCAAUAUAUUGUAAAACAAAGCAUGUCUGACUAGAUGAGAGGGGAGAGUGUAAUGUCUGCAAACUUGUUAAUACACAAGUGUGUGAGUUCUCGAGGCAGCGCAUGUUCGUCUGUGAUGAUAUUUGUAACCAUAAACCAGUUGGAACCGGAAGUGAUUCGCCUUUGCCGACGGUAUAGAGCCAGGCCAGCUAACAAAUCUGUGCAAUCCAACUGGGCUUUCUACAGCUUUCUGAUCAACUUCAAGUUUUCAUCUUGAUAUACCCAAAAUCGAUAAUGGACAGUUCCGAAUUUGCUAGCUGGACAAGUCCAUUUAAAAGUUGGGGGGUCAAGAGCUGACAGUAUAUCUGUUGUGCUGGAUAGUCCUCUACUGCUGUUGAUGAAAUUAUUCUUGUGAAGAAGUUGUUGAUGACUUGCUGAUUUUGGGUAAUGGACUUGCCCGGAUUUAAAUUUGGAACAGUCCAUUUGAAAAUUCAGGGAUUUCAGUAUCAAAAUUCCAAUUUUUUUUAGCUUCCUUCAGUACAGGGUCUGGUCAGACUACACGGAUGUGCAAGCUGGUCUGGCUCUAUUGGUGGCAAAGGGCUUAUCACUUCAGUCCCAGAGGGUGAAGGGUUUUAAGGAAAAAGAUUCACUUGUAUGCAACCAUCUUUUUAGCUCACCUGAGCAUGCUCAGGGUGAGCUUUUAGGAUCGAUGAUUGUCCGUCGUCCGUCCGUCAGUUCACAUUUUGUUGUUAACACUCUAGCGGUCGCAUUUUUGCCUCAAUCAUCAUCAAACUUGGUCAGGAUGCUUAUCUAGUUGAUAGCUCGGAAGAGUUUAACAUGGGUCAUCUCGGAUGAAAAACUAGGUCACAAGAGCUAAAAAUAGAAAAACCUUGUUAACACUUUAGAUGUCACAUUUUUGCCUCAAUCAUCAUCAAACUUGGUCAGGAUUUUUGUCUAGGUGAUAGCUCGGAUGAGUUUGAACAUGGGUCAUCUCGGAUGUAAAAGUAGGUCACAAGAGCUAAAAAUAGAAAAACCUUGUUAACACUCUAGAGUUCACAUUUUUGCCUCAAUCAUCAUCAAACUUGGUCAGGAUGCUUGUCUUGAUGAUAUCCUGGAUGAGUUCGAACAUGGGUCAUCUCGGAUGAAAAAAUAGGUCACCGGAGCUAAAAAUAGAAAAACCUUGUUAACACUCUAGCCGUCACAUUUUUGUCUCAAUCAUCAUCAAACUUUAUUAGGAAGCUUGUCUAACUGAUAGCUCAGAUGAGUUCUAAUAUAGGUCAUUUCAGAUGAAAAACUAGGUCACUGGAGCUAAAAAUAGAAAAACCUUGUUAACACUCUAGUGGUCACAUUUUUGCAUCAAUUAUCAUCAAACUUUGUCAGGAAGCUUGUCUAAGUGAUAGCUCGGAUGAGUUCGAACAUGGGUGAUCUCGUAUGAAAAAGUAGGUCACUGGAGCUAAAAGUAGAAAAACCUUGUUAACACUCUAGCGGUCACAUUUUUGCCUCAAUCAUCAUCAAACUUGGUCAGGAUGCUUAUCUAGGUGAUAGCUUGGAUGAGUUCGAACAUAGGUAAUCCUGGAUGAAAAACUAGGUCACCUGAGCUAAAAAUAGAAAAACUUUGUUAACACUCUAGAGGUCACAAUUUUGCCUCAAUCAUCAUCAAACUUGGUCAGGAUGUUUUUCUAGGUGAUAGCUUAGAUGAGUUCGAACAUUGGUCAUCUCGGAUAAAAAACUAAGUCACAGGAGCUAAAAAUAGAAAAAUCUCGUGAACACUCUAGUGGCUACUGUUUUGAUCCAAAUAUCCUGUUAAUUGGUCUGAAAGUUUGUUUAGAUGAUUUCUAAGUCAAGUUCGAACAUGGGUCAUCUUGGAUGAAAAACUAGGUUACACUGCCCAAAUAUGGAAAAACAUUGUUAACAUUCUAGUGGUCACAUUUUCUACUCUAGUUAUCAUCAAACUUGGUCAGGAUGCUUGUCUAGGUAAUUGCUCGGAUGAGUUCGAAAUGGCAUGUGAAACUAGGUCACCGGAGCUAAAAAUAGAAAAAUCUUGUUAACACUCUAGUUGCUACUGUUUUGAUCCAAGUAUCCUGGUAAUUGGUCUGAAAGUUUGUUUUGAUGAUUUCUAGGUCAAGUUUGAAUAUGGGUCACCUGGGUAAAAAACUAGGUGACACUGCUCAAAUAUGGAUAAUCCUUGUUUACACUGUAGUGGUCACAUUUUUGACUCACCUGUCAUGAGACUUGGUCAGAAUGCUUGUCUAGGUAAUUGUUUGGAUGAGUUUGAUGGGUCAGGUGAGCGAUCUAGGGCCAUCAUGGCCCUCUUGUUUAAUCUUUUUGUAAUACUCUUAAUUUUGUGCCGAAACAUAUUGUUAAUUUUGUGCCGAAACAUACUGAUAAAUUAGUGCCGAAACCACAUGAAACAAGCAACAUAAAACAGUACAUUUUUUACAAGAAAGUACUGGAAUUAUCAUUAAACAAUUGUGUGAACACAAUUUAGUACUGGAUAUGGGAACUAAAACUGAAAUCAUUGUAUAUUAAGUAGCCCGUAUUCAUUAUGUUCAAAUAUAUACCAAUUUUUAGGUAAAUUACUAAAGGUUGUCAUCAGAGGUUUGAUAUCAAAAUUCUAGUACUGUAUGCAAAUGAAGCAAUUGUGCUAAGCACUUAAUAGUACAUGUUAAGAAAGCAUUGGAGUACUAUAAGUAAGGCUUAGGAAGCUGUAAAGAAAGAUAAUUGUGUAACUAUUAUCAAAGCACACCAGCAUUUUUUUAACACAUUUCUUACUGUUUUAACAUGAAAUUUGUUGUUUAAUUUUACACUUGUUUUAAGAUUUUGUUGGUGCUUAUUUAUAUUGUUUUGUGGUCACAGUUUAAGAAGAAAAAAAAAUGAAUUUAUAGUUUUGUCUAAAUUGUAUCUCUGUGUAUUUCAAAAAAGUUUGAAAAGAUUUGAAAGAACCAAUCAGAUGCAGUAAAGUGCAACUAACCAAUCAUAUGCUGUUUUACUAACAGAGACAUCCAAUCACAUUUUGUCUAGUUUAAAGAAUCAGUCAGAUGCUAUUUUAUUGUCAGAGUUAGCCAAUCAGAUUAUGUUUUGCUUAGAAGAUCAGCCAAUCAGAAAGCUUCUUAGUAAAUGUAAAAGAAAAAAGCCAAUCCGCUGUUGUUUUGGUAAUAUAAACAGCCAAUCAGAUCCUUUUUCAUGAACUCAAUAAAAAGAAGUUUGGAUCUUGUCCUAUUUAUGUUUGUGUUUUUCUCAUGUGUGUAGUUUUUUUGUUGCUUUGUAAAGUCCACUGUUAAAUGUAGCAAUUUCUUUUAUGUAAAAAAGAUACUUCUUAUUAUCAUUGUUAUAGUAAUUUUAUCUUUGUUACUUAUUGCUGCCUAUAGAUUGUUACAUUUUUUUUGACAAUUGUUUAGUAGUUAUUUACAAGAGACAAUUUUAAGUAGGGUGUCACGAUCAGGAAAAAAGAUAACCUUUCAAAGGGCAACUUAAAAACCGUGUUAAAUGUUUACGGACCGUUUUAAUAAAGUUCUAUGACUUUGAAUGAGUCAAGUGAAUUUCUUUGAAAAAUAUGAAUAAAUAACCAUAUACAUUGUAUUACAAUCGGUGUUUUUUGUAUUCUCAGUGCAAAACUGUUCUAACUACAAACAAUAAACAGGUAGAUACAUCAGUCUGGUAUCAUGUUAAUGUUUGUGUUUUUCUUACUCUUGUUUUUUAUGUAAUAAUUAUUUAUUGUUUUCUGGCCUUACACAUUAUUUGGUAAAAUAAAAAUUGUGUUGUAUGUAUUUUCCAAA